GAGUCUGUCGCGGUCGCGGUCGGGGCUGCAGGAGCUGGUGUCAGGGUUGCCGGGCGUGCGAAGGCGGCGGAGGCGGGAAAGGCAGCGAGCGGUUGAAGGGGAGCAACCGCAGACUUGCAGAGGAGCUCGGAGGAGAGAUGGUGAUGGCGGCUAAGAAGGGCCCGGGCCCGGGUGGCGGGGUCGGAGGGAGCAAAGCGGAGGCUGAAGCGGCUUCGGAGGUGUGGUGCCGCCGAGUGCGGGAGCUGGGCGGCUGCAGCCAGGCCGGGAACCGCCACUGUUUCGAGUGUGCCCAGCGCGGGGUCACCUAUGUUGACAUCACCGUGGGCAGCUUCGUCUGCACCACCUGCUCCGGCCUCCUGAGAGGCCUGAACCCCCCACAUCGAGUCAAGUCCAUCUCCAUGACAACCUUCACUGAGCCUGAAGUCUUGUUCCUCCAAUCUCGUGGGAAUGAGGUUUGCCGCAAGAUCUGGCUGGGUCUCUUUGAUGCUCGGACAUCGCUGAUACCCGAUUCCAGGGAUCCUCAGAAGGUGAAGGAGUUCCUCCAGGAAAAAUACGAGAAGAAAAGAUGGUACGUCCCCCCGGAGCAAGUCAAAGGACCCUCUUACGGCAAAGGCAGUGUCUCUACACCUGUCCAGGGCUCUGUACAGGAAGGGAAGCCCGUGCGGACACUUCUGGGAGAACCUGUGCCAUCUCUCUCUGAUGCUGCUUCCUCCUCGAGCCAGUCUGCCAACCAGUCCCAGGCUCGUACAGCCCAGGCCAGAAGCUCCCAACCUCCUUCCCAGUCGUCCACCAAGAAAGCCAGCACUGACCUGCUGGCCGAUAUCGGCGGGGACCCCUUUGCCGCUCCCCAGGUGGCUCCAGCCUUUGCCGCCUUCCCAGCCUUUGGAGGCCAGACUCCUUCCCAUGGGGGCUUCGCCAACUUCGAUGCCUUCAGCAGCAGCCCCGGCGCUUCGGCCUUCGGGAGCCUCCCCGCAUCGGUCCAGACUCCGUUCCAGGCUCAGCCAGCCCCUGCAGCAGCCAGUCGGAUGCUAACCGGAAGUUACAGCUUUGGGAGCAGCCAGAUGUCUGCAUUUGGUGCUGCUCCUCUUGCGGCUGGCACCCAGCCCAGCAGCCUCGCAGAUGUGGGUGGCCUCCUGGGACCCAGGGUGGCAGCUGGAGGUCUCCCUGGCAGUGUUUUCGGGAUACCCAGCCAGGUCCCUGCAUUACAGUCGUCCGUGCCAGGUGUUAGUGGCAAUGCAGCGCUCACCUUUGGAGCCUUCACCAACCCCUUCGCCACCCCUGCCCAACCCCAACUGCCUUCUACCAACCCAUUCCAGCCCAAUGGCCUGGCCUCAGGGCCUAGCUUCGGGAUGAGCGGUGUUGGGCCUGGUCUCCUUCAGCCAGUGCCACCCACCGGGGCGUUCUCCAGCCCCUUUCCUGCCCCGAUGUUCCCCACACAGGCUGCACUGACUGAGCAGCAGAACGGCUCUUCCUUUGGUGACUUGGGAACCUCCAAACUGGGGCAGAGGCCUCUGAACCAGGCGACUGGGAUCUCCACUAAUCCUUUCAUGACUGGAUCCUCAGCAUUUGCCUCCAAACCUCCAACCACAAACCCAUUCUUGUAGCACUGUGUCCUUGGGGGAAGAAGGGGCUCUCCCCUCCUUUGCGGAGGAGGCUCUGACAUCCCCUGAGAGCUCUCCUGACCGUCUGCCUGUGGGGCAUCUCUGUGGGUCUGAGGCUGGGGUUGGGCCUGCUUUGCAGAGUUAGGGAUCUGGGAACAGGGGAGGUACUGACGCGGGGCUUGUGGAUGAAUCAGACCACGGCCUCCUGGCCUGCUGCCCAGAGGCUUCCUCCCUGCUCGCUGUCACCUACCCAGGAAGGAGC